CUUGAAGAUCUUGAACAUCUCGCAGACCCGGGUGACCAGUAUUCCUUCUUUGUCAGCAGACAUUGAAGAACCGGUUUGGGCACCAAGCUUAUUCAAAGCUGAUCAUCUGGCAAGCACAAGGGAGCAUUGUGUGGCGACUGUUGAAGUUAACAGACCAACUGAUGAGCCAGAGUCAUCUGUGAAAAAAUGGAGCCAUCUGAAGCAGAUGCACUGAUCCAUAAGACACCACCUGUUGAAGAGGACCAUGGUGAGGAUAACAGAAAUGUCUCACUGCCCUCCUGUGCCUCCUCAAAUGUGCUGAUCCAAAAGACACCACCUGUUGAAGAGGACCAUGGUGAGGAGAACAGAAAUGUCUCACUGCCCUCCUGUGCCUCCUCAACGUUUGCAUCAGCUGUUGCCACCUUUUUCAUCGGGCUGUUUUAUGGAGCAGCAGGAGGUCUGCUGCUGGGAACAACAGCAGUUGUUGUGGCUCAGUCCCUGGAGCUUCUGGCUGACAGCAGGCUGCUCAUGGACCAGUUAGAAAACUACAUACAUGAUCCAAACUCUACAAACUUUUUGUCAAAGCAAGAAAAUGAACAUUUCAAAAGGUCAAACACCUACAUUCAAAUGGGUCACAUUCACAUAUCCCUUUUCGCACUAUUGUUUGGCUUGUUUUCCUCAAUCAUUUCAUUACCUAUAGGAAUCUUCAUUGGUUUUUCAACAUAUGCUCUGGUGAUUAAAGUAAACGGUGAAGCAGCGAUAGGAAAGGCCCUAACUUUGGCUGGGACAGUGUGUCUGAGCAGUGUCACUGCUAUUGGAUUCACUCUGGGUUUGGCUUUCGAGAGUUUUCUAUCAUUCACUUUAAAUGUUAGGUUAUUCAUCUGGUUUCAUAUUUUAGCAAUGGCUGUAAUUGGAGCACUAGCAGCACUAGCAAUGGUUCUAUCAAUCAACCAGUUCAAAUUAAGUCAUUCUUUGUUGAAACUCAAAGAUUGGCUUUUGACACCUAUUGCUGCAUUCCCUAUUUUUGAUAACUGGAGGUUUAUUCUUGCAAACACAUUAUUUUCUAUAUAUCUAAAUCUAAAGAAUCUUCAAGAAGCAUUUCUUCCCAAACAAGCCACUGUAACUAUCCCACUAAUGUUGAUCAUAGCUACUGCCUUUAACAUGGCAGGGCAGCCAAUAAUAACCUUACAGUUGCCAACAUCCACAAAUUCAAGCAGUGUUACAUCUGAGGCCAUCUUUAUUGGCAUUUUAACUUCUCAGCUGUUGACCGUGACUGUAGGAAUGUCAUUAUUUUUGUCGUGGCACAGGAGUGGAGCAGGUAGAAUCUGUGCUACUGCAGCUGGUUCUGGUGCUGCAGUUUUAAGUAUUAUAAAGUGGGCUCUACCUGCUCUGGGUCCAGGUGCCUCUAUAGGAGCAGUGAUGGGGGUGACAGGAGCAGUAGGGGUGUCACUUUCUGCAGCAGCAACAGCAACAGAUCACUAUGGUAAAUUAAUAGACAGAUAUGGAUUGGUAGGAAGGUUGGGAGUGGUAAUGGGAGCAGGUGUAGGAGCUUUUCUAACCUCAUGUGCCCACAGUGGGCUGUCAGGAGUGUUCAUGGGACUGUGUGCAGCUACGAUUCCUGUUGGACCCUAUCUUAAACAGGUGUUUUUUUUCCUUCUGCGUAAAUGUCCUCAACGCAUAUGUGAAAUGUCUAUCUUUUUAUAUCUGUAUUGCCGCCUUAUCUUCGUUAUAGUCUACACCUUCACCCAUAAGUCAUUGUGCCCAUUUACCCGCAGAGUACAGUCAGUUACAUUCUUAUUAUUGUGUGUCAGUAUUAUUCCUGUUGGAUUCUGUCUGCAAUGCCUGCACUCACGUUUUUACUUAACAGUAAUGGUUCUUGCAUCUUGGGCACUCCUGAUACCACUUGACACCAGCAUUUAUGACUUAGUGUUUGACGUAGAUUUGAUAGAAGCUUUUUAUGGCCCUGCAGUGAUAUAUCCAUCGCUACUUUUCGUAACUGUAAUGAUGACCUCCUCAUUGUCAUUUAUGAAAUACAGGGGUGCUGCUAUUGCUGGUGUUAUCAUGUAAUAAUCAUACAAGUUUUGUCAUUAUAACAGCCUUCCCCUUACAUAGAUGUUUUAAUAAUUGUUUUUUUGUUGAUGUGCUCUGUUUCAAUCUGCAUCUUCUCCACUCCUGUCAGUCCUGGGGGACACAGAGAUCUCUACAGACAUUUCCCCCAUAGACUUCGUAUCGAAAAUGGACAGUUUCCUCUGUAAAGUGGAUACUCUGGGAAAAUGAGCCUAAUUCUCACUUGAUUUAUAACAUUAGUUAUAUUAGACUUAAUAUAUUCAGGUCUUUUGCGAAAUUAUGUUCCCAUUAAGUGGAAAAUUGAUAAUAAACUACAGCACAUAUGUGCGGAGCGGAGACGUGUACAUAUAUAUAUAUAUAUAUAUAUAUACAUAUAUAUAUAUAUACUUAUAUACAUAUAUUUGUAUUUAUGGAAGUGUGGAAGUUCCAACUUUAUGGUAUCCAGCUUUUCUGAGACUGUAGUUAAGGAGCCAAAAACAGCGUUGAUGGAGGCACAUUCAUGGUUGUUACAUACAUUUUUAUGAUAUAACAUAAUUUAUAGAAUUAGGGAAUAAAAGGGUUUACUCUGCAUGGCUGCUGACCUUUACUGUUACUUAUGUUACAUACUUACAUUAGAAACCAUGGGCAGAUCAGACACUGGUGAGCAUCCUUUAAGUCUGAUAUAUUAUACAGAUCUAAAGAUCCGGCUUCAAAGCCAAAUUGCUAUGUCUAGCAGAUCUGAAUGAGCUUUCCUUCUGAACAACCACAAAGUCCUCAGGUGCCUGCGUAAAGCCGACAAACUAAUGGUAAUACCAUCUAUAUGACGUAAGGACAGGACUAUCUUCCAGUGUCUUAAACCCAGAUCAAAGUAAAACUUGAAUAAACUAAACAAGCCGU